AUGGCCCCCCCCGCCCAGCCUGGGGCGCAGGGCGGGCGCGGCUCUAAGGGGCCCCCCGCUCGGAAGCUGCUCUGCAUGUGCAGCCUCUCGCUGUGCCUCACCUACCUGUGCUACAGCCAUGGGGGCACCGGCCUGCGCGGCUCCCCGGCCCCCGGCGCCCUGCCCGGCUCCCCGGCCACCCCCGCGCCCCCCACUCGGGCCAGCAAUGCCAGCCGCCCGGGGGGGUCGGCGGCCGCCUGGCUCCGGACCGCGCUGGCCCCCGGCGAGGUGAUCGCGGCGCAGAGCGGCGCCUUCGAGAGGGACCCGCAGGAAUCCAGCACCACGGACGAGGAGCUGAGCCGGCCGGGCAGCACCACGCCGGACUACGGCGAGAAGCGGCUGCCGCAAGCCCUGAUCAUCGGCGUGAAGAAGGGGGGCACCCGGGCGCUGCUGGAGGCCAUCCGGGCGCACCCCGACGUGCGCGCCGUGGGGGUCGAGCCCCACUUCUUCGACAGGAACUACGAGAAGGGGCUGGAGUGGUACAGGAACGUGAUGCCCAAGACUCUGGAUGGACAAAUAACGAUGGAGAAGACGCCGAGCUAUUUUGUGACCAACGAAGCCCCAAAGCGCAUUCACUCCAUGGCCAAGGACACCAAGCUGAUCGUGGUGGUGCGGAACCCCAUCACCAGGGCCAUCUCGGACUACACGCAGACGCUCUCCAAGAAACCUGAGAUCCCCACCUUCGAAGUACUCGCCUUCAAGAACCGGACCCUGGGACUGAUCGAUGCCUCCUGGAGCGCCAUCCGCAUCGGGAUCUAUGCGCUGCACCUGGAGAACUGGCUGCAGUAUUUCCCACUUUCCCAGAUCCUCUUUGUCAGCGGCGAACGGUUAAUUAUUGACCCAGCUGGGGAAAUGGCCAAGGUCCAGGAUUUCUUAGGCCUCAAACGGAUUGUGACAGAGAAGCAUUUUUAUUUCAAUAAAACUAAGGGGUUUCCUUGUCUGAAGAAGCCAGAGGACAGCAGCGCCCCCAGGUGCCUGGGCAAGUCCAAGGGUCGAACUCAUCCCAAAAUAGACCCAGAUGUUAUUCACAGACUGCGCAAGUUUUACAAACCAUUCAAUGUCAUGUUUUACCAAAUGACAGGUCAAGAUUUCCAGUGGGAACAGGAAGAAAGUGAUAAGUAAAGCCAAGACAGCAGGGAAAAGCUAUCUGCUAUCUAGAGGUGAAUCGUUGUCAGAGACACUCAACUCGCACAGGGCUAAAGUCUCAGUCUUGUGACAAAGAGACUUGCAUUGUCAAGGUUAAAGUCAAGCUGAACAGCAUUUCCAGCCCUGAAACCUUCAUGUCACAGCGAGUACAGGUUGCAUUUGGGUCUGUUCCAAGCCCUCCCACUGUAUUGUAUUGCAAGAAUGGCUGGGGGAGGCUCCAGUGGGACAGGGGAGGCUACCUGUUUCUAGCACUUUGUUCCUGGUGCUUCCUGUCAGCGCCAGCCAGUCAGUAUUCAGUGAGUCCUACCCAUGGCCAACGAAGGAUGAGAGAAGCUGAUAGAAUCCCAGUAGUGACAAGGCAAGCCGACAGAUUCAGUUUCUUCUGCACUACUUUAGUUUUGCCUUGCUGGCAGUCAGGUGGUAUCAGAUCACACACAAACAGCAAAGCUGCAAAGAAACUAUUUACAGACACUUCACUUGCAUACUAGUUACACCUUGCACUAGCUACCAACCAUUUACCAAGCGCCACAAAUAUCCCGAGCCCGAGUCUUUUCUCACUUUUGGGUGUAACUCCAUUAACUGAACAGAGUUGCUUUUGAUUUCCUCUGGUCUGCAGCGAGGCCAGAGGCCAGGCUUUUCCUCUAAAUUCUCAUAUGCUCCUUUAGCUGAUCACGCACUGAAAAACACUGUCAUGCACUGGUACCUAAGGAGCCAGCUGAGAAUGAUCUCAUGGCCUCCAUCCCAGAAAGCUUGGCCUGGACGCACUGCACAGUCUCCUAGCAGAAGGUGCAGGGUCCCACUCACAGCUCUUCCUGCAGGCAGGUAAUGAAGUGGCAUUUCUCAAUCAUUCUGGAAACCCACUGCUUCCCUGCAUAGCAGAUGGCAGUUGAGGUUGUCAUUACAGGCGGCUUUUUAGUUCUUUGCUAGGUAGCCAUUAGCCCAGAAGGAGCUCCUCUACUGAGUAAACCCUCAUCACCGUAUCUAGAGUGGUGUGCAAAAUCCAGACACCGGCCUGACUUUCAAAAAUGCUGAGCGCCACAAAUGCCACUGAAGUCCCUGGGACCGUGGGUGCAAGUCAGGGGGACUGUGGGUGCUCAGCACUUCUGAAAAUCAGGACUCAGCAGGGUUUGCAAAACUGUGAGACAUUCUUCAUCUUUGCUUCAAAAUCUGCAAAGAGGAGAAAAGGUCGUUUCCACCGAGCGAGCGCUCACUACCCUGGAAAAAGCUUCCUUUCCGAAUGGAAAUGACAAAGGUUUAUGAUCAACCAAAUUGGCAAAUCCCAAUGGAAACGAUAAGAUAAGCACCUGUCACUCCUAGAACCUCAGCAAAUCCAAAGCGAGCUGCAUGCCUGCAUCAGCAAAGACAAGGUAGCAGCAGUUUUACACAGCUGCACUAUAUUCCAUGUCUGUUACUGAAAAAAACACAGGAACAGUGGGCACGAAAAGAAAACACCGUGUUACCUGUGAGGGAACAUUUCCUUCCUUUGGGUGAUUUCUUGCUGUCGGGGGUUUCUUUUCUUUUCUUUUCCUUUUAUUUCCUGUUUAAAAAGAGCAGCAGUGGGGCCUGCUUUUGCAGGGGGAGGAGGGAAGGUGUUUUAUUUUUAUCAAGCCUCAGUGCUCCUUUGAGAUGUUGCGUUUGUUGCUGUUUGAAAGCAGCAAGAAAACACAGCUUAUGUAUUCCUGAGCAAGACCAAGGCUCGGUUUUGAUUAAGGUGGCAAGAAAUCCUUGUUGAUCCAACUAACCAAAGGAAAUGUCACUAAAACACCGUUAAGCUAGGUAACAAGCUGAACCUGCUUUCGGUUUCAUGGCCUGUCAUGUGGUUCAUUACACAAUAAAGUGGUGCUAGUGCUUUGGAUUGUAUAAAAGGAGCUAAAUUCAUUUGUCGGAUUUCGACUGUGGGCCAGGUUUCGGGAGAAUCACAUUCGUUCCCGUUGAAGUAAAUGUCAGUUCAUAUUAGCCUGAUUAGGUUUUAAAACAACAUCUGACAUAAAACACUUUCUCACCGACCUGCAAACCCAGAAAUGUAUUGUACAAACACUGCAAAUAUGUAGUAAGGGCGGAUGUUCAGUUGUUUCAGAUGUUAUUAAAACGUUGUUUCUUCUGCUAAAUGAAAGCUGGGUUGUUUUGCCAUUUCGUGCAAGAUGAUUCAUGGCUUCAGAUGGAGGGAAUUUUUUUUAAAUCUUCCCAAUUUCUAGGGUCCUGCUUACAUGGACACCCGAAGCCUUUUCUUAUUUCACAGGCCCCGCAAACCCUGAGCUCGUUUUGGUCUCACUCCUGCCAGAUGCUGAGCCCCGCCCGGAAAUACGAGGUCGCCCGUCAGCAAAGGGAAUCAUAGAAUCAAAGAAUCUCAGGGUUGGAAGAGACCUCAGGAGGUAUCUAGUCCAGCCCCCUGCUCAGAGCAGGACCAAACCCAACUAAAUCAUCCCAGCCAGGGCUUUGUCAGGCCGGGCCUUAAAAACCUUUAAGGAAGGAGAUUCCACCACCGCCCAGGUAACCCAUUCCAGGGCACUCAGCACCUGGCAGGAUCAAGCCCUUUCAACUAACCUUUGCAAAAGAGGAUUAAAAAGUUCGUUUUCCCGACAGUGGUUUCAUUAGCAGUCGGAACAAUGCUGUGUGAGCCACGGCUGUGCUGGGGCGGCCUGCCCACCCCGAGCAAGGGGGAGAUUUUCGUUCCCACACAAGAGCCUACUGAGCUCAGAGGCCCCCCAUAGGAACCCCUCCUCCCCCGACCACACCAAAAAUGUUCUUUGCAUAUUUUAAAAACCCUAAAAAAGCCAGAGUGUUGUGCUGCUCCCUAGUCCCUGGGAUCAGCCAGGACAGCAGAGGCCGCGGAUUGCGUGUGGCCUUUGGCUGCUCUUUUCACAGGCCCAUUCCUGGAAGGAAAAGAGACUUGAGUCAAGACCCUGCCUGUGCCGCUGACGCUGUGGUUCCACGGAUUGGUGAAAACUUUUGGCCCGUAGCUGGGCAGGAGCCGUAGCUCCAGUUUGCACCUGGAUGAAGUACAAUCACCCCCUACCCAUUUGCUGUAUUCCCAGAGCCGCAACAAAAUGCUGAGGCAGGAUUCAGACAGCAGAGCGUGGCCUGUGCUUAACGCUGCAUCCCUUCGCCACCCUCCGAAAGGAGCUCGCUUCACCCCGGCCAGCUCGCCCGCCCAGGCAGUUACAAAGCUGCGUGUUCUUGCAGUGAGACGCUCUGGAGGGAGGUCCUAUUCGGCUGCUACAAUAGAACUGGACCUGUCUGCAUCCAGGGGAUGCUGCGCCACCGAGGCUGCUUGCCCAGUCUUCUUUUUGCCAUAUUUUAAGAGGUUUAUUUUUUAUAUGGGUUACCUCCCUGCGCUCGGGAGGUGGCGCUUACUGACUCCUGCACUUUUCCAACUGCAUUGCUCGUCUGCAGGCCUGGUCUGGGGCUAAGCCUCUGGUGAACAUUAAUGGCCUGCUAAGAAAUCAAGGAGCCAGGAGAGACUCAGGUGCCUGAGGGUGGCUGUUCACUAGUACCACACAUGAUGCUGUUUGCUGUUGCUCUCGGGAAGGGGAGGCCUGGCACAUCCGGCCAUCAAGAGGCGGCGACAUGGCUUUGUUGGCUUGGGUGAGAUGGUGACUUUUGUCCCUGCACCGUCAGUGACAAGUGUCCGCCUUUGUAAUGUGCUAAUGUGACCAAGGAGUUAUUUUCUCUCCAGCAAGAGAGGGAGCAACCUGCUAGGAGGGAGUUGGGUUAAUAACUUUUUUUUUUUACUAUUUAAAUGUCAGCAUUACGACACACAGGAGAUUGAAUUUUGUAUUUGAUUUCCAUUAGCAAAGCAUAAAUUAUAUUUAAUUUUAUACACAGAGACUGGAUGAUUCAUUGUUAUGGAAAAGCUGGUACUUAAUGGUUCAGAAAUGAAAAUGGACAAUUCGUCCUUUUGAAAGCAAACUGCUGUUCUGUCAUCUGCUCCCAAACACGUCUGUCUGUAUCAUUCUGUACCUGAACGAUAUGAACGUCUGAAAAUCUUCAACUUAAAACUCGAACCUAACAGCACUAAACAAUAAAACAUUGUAGCAGCUGCA